AUGGCGGCCCCCAUGUUUUACAGCCGGCUGUUGGCUGCCGCCGCCCUUAGGAGCCACCAGCCCCGGACGGCGCUGCGGGCCACCGCCCAGGUUCUGGGAAGUUCUGGAUUAUUUAACAACCAUGGACUCCAAAUACAGCAGCAACAACAAAGGAAUCUCUCACUACAUGAAUACCUGAGUAUGGAAUUGUUGCAAGAAGCUGGCGUCUCCAUUCCCAAAGGACACGUGGCUAAGUCACCAGAUGAGGCUUAUGCAAUUGCCAAAAAAUUAGGUUCAAAAGAUGUUGUGAUAAAGGCACAAGUUUUAGCUGGUGGUAGAGGAAAAAGAACAUUUGAAAGUGGCCUCAAAGGGGGAGUGAAGAUAGUUUUCUCUCCAGAAGAAGCAAAAGCUGUUUCCUCACAGAUGAUUGGGAGAAAGUUGUUUACCAAGCAAACAGGAGAAAAGGGCAGAAUAUGCAAUCAAGUAUUGGUUUGUGAGCGAAGAUAUCCCAGGAGAGAACACUACUUUGCUAUUACAAUGGAAAGGUCAUUUCAAGGUCCUGUAUUGAUAGGAAGUUCUCAAGGUGGUGUCAACAUUGAAGAUGUUGCUGCUGAGACUCCUGAGGCCAUAGUUAAAGAACCUAUUGAUAUUGUAGAAGGCAUCAAAAAGGAACAAGCUGUUCGGCUUGCACAGAAGAUGGGAUUUCCAGCCAAUAUUGUGGAUUCUGCAGCAGAAAACAUGAUCAAGCUUUACAACCUUUUUCUGAAAUAUGAUGCAACCAUGGUAGAAAUAAAUCCAAUGGUAGAGGAUUCAGAUGGAGCUGUGCUAUGUAUGGAUGCAAAGAUCAAUUUUGAUUCUAAUUCAGCUUAUCGCCAGAAGAAAAUCUUUGACCUACAGGACUGGACCAGGAAGAUGAAAGGGACAAAGAUGCAGCUAAGGCAGAUCUCAACUACAUUGGCCUAGAUGGAAAUAUAGGCUGUCUAGUAAAUGGUGCUGGUUUGGCAAUUGCCACAAUGGAUAUAAUAAAGCUUCAUGGAGGGACUC